AUGACCUGUAAGCGGUCUGUUCAAAUAUUUGUCGUUGUGGAUCGUCCUUGAAAGGAUGGAUUUUCAGCAUCGAGUAGGGGGUAAAACCGGUUCAGGUGGCGUAGCGUCGGAGGCUGAAGCGAAUCGUGAUCGUCGAGAGCGCUUGCGGCAGCUUGCUCUUGACACAAUCGAUCUCAAUAAGGACCCAUAUUUUAUGAAAAAUCAUUUGGGUACCUAUGAAUGCAAAUUGUGUUUGACGUUGCAUAAUAAUGAAGGGAGUUAUCUCGCACAUACCCAAGGUAAGAAGCAUCAAUAUAAUUUACAAAGGCGUGCUGUUGAACAGGCUCGUGAAGCCCCUUCUACAAUGCAGCCAGAGCGUGUAAAAGUAGAACCGAAAAAAUUCAUUAAAAUCGGUCGUCCUGGUUACAAAGUAACUAAACAAAAGGAUCCAGAUAGUAAUCAGCAAUCUAUGCUAUUUCAAAUUGACUAUCCAGAGAUAGCUGAUGCUUCUGGUGUGAUACCUCGGCAUCGUUUUAUGUCUGCCUAUGAACAGCAUGUUGAACCGCCGGAUAAAAGAUGGCAAUAUUUACUAUUUGCUGCUGAGCCAUAUGAGACGAUUGCUUUUAAAAUCCCAAGUCGUGAAGUAGAUAAAGAUCCGAAGAAAUUGUGGACCUAUUGGAAUUUAAGCUCUAAACAAUUUUUUCUCCAGUUCGCUUUCAAACUUGAAAGUCAGUCGUCUUCCAGUGCCAUGCUUCGUGAUUUGGAAAUGCAGAAAGCUAAAGCUCAACAUGCACAACUUCAGCUUCAGUUACCGCCGCCACCACCACCCCCACCUCCGCCUCCACCACAAGCUAUUGGACUCCCAGUUCCUAGUUUUCUUCUUGGUAUGCCUAUAAACAGCAGCAUGACAAGUAUGCCACCACCCCCACCUCCUCCCCCAAUUAUGGUUGGCACAGCUGGUAAAGACACGAAACCUCUGCUACCUCCUCCUCCACCUCCCCCGCCUUCGUUUUCACUUGCAGCUCCGCCGCCUCCACCUCCACCUCCUCCACCCUCAGUUUCUACAAAUUCUGGAACAAAUGCAUCUUCUGCACCAUUCCCACCACCACCUCCACCGCCACCACCAACUUCUGUUCAGUUGAAUGGAAACUAGCGAAUUUGUUUUGUAUUUUACUAAACAUUAUAUAUACACUUUUGCGCCUGC